AUGUCAAAAAAUAUCCAGAAAGUUAUAUUAGAUGCUGGUCCAUUAAUAACACAACCUGCUAAUCAAUUACAACAAUUUGCUAAUGAAUUUUAUACUACUCCUGGAGUUUUUUCAGAAUUAAAAGAUGAAAAUGUUAGACAACAAUUGAUAAUUUGGGGUGAUCAAUUAAAAAUAAUACAACCAAAACAAGAAUAUAUUAAUCAAGUUAGUAAAUUUGCAAGAUUAACUGGUGAUUAUAAUGUUUUAAGUAUGAAUGAUAUCCAUAUAAUUGCAUUAGCAUAUCAAUUUGAAAUUGAAUUUGGUAAAGGUGAAUCUAAUUUACGUAAAAUACCUGGUGAAAUAUUACAACAUCAAAAAGAACAACAAGAAACUGCCAUAAAAAAGGAUAAUACAGAUGAUGAUGGUUUUGUUAAACCAAAAAGGAAAAGAGGAGGAAGAAGACAACGUGAGAAAAGAGAAGCUGAAGCUAGGAGAUUGAUGGAAGAAAAAGAAAAAGAAAAAGAAGAGACAGAAGAACAAGCUGAUGAAAAAUUAACAAAUGAUAAAUCAGAUGAUCAAGAGGAAGAAUCUAAACAAGAUUUACAAAAUAAUGCUGAAAAUAACACACAAGUGGAGUCAGAGAGUACCCAAGUGAAGUCAGAGAAUACACAAGUGGUCUCGGAGAGUACCCAAGUGGACUCAGAGAAUACACAAGUGGACUCAGAGAGUACACAAGUGGAUCCAAUAGUAGACGACGAGAAUAAUGAUUCAGAUGAUGAUGGAGAAUGGAUAACACCUGAAAAUUUACAAACACAUGUUGAAAAUGCAAAUAAAGAUAAUAUUCAAGAAGAUACUAAUAUAAUACAUGUUCCAGUUGCAUUAGCUACAGGUGAUUUUGCUUGUCAAAAUGUAGCCAUGCAAAUAAAUAUUAAUCUACUCAAUACAAUGUCAGGUAAACAAAUUAAACGAAUUAGAAAUUAUAUGUAUAGAUGCCAUGCAUGUUUUAAAUUAACGCCUAUUUCAAAAGAUGGUAAACCAAAACAUUUUUGUCCUAAAUGUGGUGGUAAUACUUUAUUAAGAUGUGCAGUUUCAAUAGAUAAUAAAACUGGUAAAAUAAUACCACAUUUAAAACAAAAUUUUCAAUGGAUAAAUCGUGGUGAUAAAUUUUCAUUACCAUCACCAUUAAGUAAAAAUCAAAUUAAAAAGCAAGGUAAAGGAGGAUUUCAACAUAAUAAAGAAAAUAGGCAUAAAUCAUUACAAACUCCAUUAAUAUUCAGAGAAGAUCAAAAAGAAUAUCAUCAAGCAAUGAAAAAUGAUGCAUGGGAAAAGAAACAAAAGGAGAAAUUAUUACAAGAAUGGAUAGGAGGCGGUAGUGCUGAUAAUGUAAUGAGUCCAUUUGGUAUGAAUUCAAUAAGGCCAAGUGGUGUUAAAGUUGGUAAAGGUAGAUACGUAAAUUCAUCAAGAGGUAAAAAAAAAUAA